CAUGUAUCCCGCAUCCAUCGUCGAUCAGGUCUCAGCAUUGCAGAUCGAACAGAACAGACCAGUACUGAACAGUGAACGCAGACACUUGGCCGCUGUUCACUGCAACUCAAGUAGUGACGCACCAUCGCCAUGGCGUACUACUCGGAGUCGGGCUACUGCGCGGAGGACGUGAGGAGGCCACACGCCGAGCCGGGGUACUACCACGGCGAGGGCGGCGAGCGCUACGCCGUCCGCAAGGAGUACGAGGAGAUCGACGAGGUGGCGCGCGCCGGCAGGGGCCACUACUACGGCCACGGCCACCUCGGCCGCAGCGGCAGCCACCACCACCACCACGUCGGCCAUGGCGGGCACGAGGGGUCGUGCCACGGGCACCACGGCGGCGAAUACCGCGAGCAGCACCACCUGCACAGCCACGGCCACGGCGACGGCGGGCGCCACUACGACGCGUGCGAGAGCAGGCGCUACGACUCGUGCACCGGCCAGUACUACGCUUGAGCUCGGAUAGAUCGGACGGCCAAGGUGAACGUCACGGUCAUCACCAUAAUAUCAGAUAUCACAUCAGGUCUGCUGCCAUCCGAGUCCUGACAGAGAGCUACUCCGAUCCGUACUAGUAGUACUAUGUAUUGUACACGAGAAUAAGACCGUGAUGAUGACGUGAAUAAAAGGUUUUACUUGCUUCCGGCA